AUGUUUUCAAACAAGCGUAAAACACGAAAUUGCACAAAAAGCAAGUUUGGUGGAAGUCCUAACCCUCUUGCAAAUACAGAACCACCCACAAACAGCGUAAUUGUAAAACUUAUAGCUGAAAAAAUAAUCAUGAUAUGGAAAAAAGUUAACACUCGACUACCAUUAAUGUCCACUUAUUGUGAAGAAAAUAAAGUCGGAGUACUUCUAAACAUAUCUAGGUUAAUUAACCGAAGUAAAUGCAAAGUAUUAACAGAAAAAAACACUACUAAAAAAUUGGAUAGGCUUUUUGAUAUCAGUUCCUGCACAUGUGAUCUUAAAGUUGUUCUUUGUGAUGAUAAAAAUAUAAAAUGUAGUCAAGAUAAUUGUCCUGAUACUCAUAUUUUAUGCACAUAUAGUCCAGAUAAAAAAAUUCCUGUAAAAGAAAGGUUAUAUUUGAAAGACCAGAGAGAAAAGUCAGGUCCAAAAGGAUCAUUUCAACUUGGCUCAGUAGAUCGUGAAUGGUCUAGAAAAGAAUCUUUAAAGAAACAUAAAACUGAAUAUAAAAAUCUGGAAGAAUCAUUACAAGAAGAAAAAUUUAAUUUACUUCCAGAAAUAGUAUUACCAGAAUCUGAUUCAGAACCUGUCAUUUCUAGCUCUAGUGAGAUAUGGAAGCCUGAAAGAAAUCCAUCGGGAAUUUACAAUCUUUGGAAGUUUCUAAAGUUUGCUAUUGAAUUGAUCAGGAACGAUAUAGGAAGUUUGAUUGGAGCUGCAUUAGGAAAUGCUCUUAUGCUCGAUCUAUCAGGACUGUUUAAUGAUCCAGCAAUAAUAUCAACUUUAGUUUUAGACAAAUCCAAAAUAGACAGACAAAAAAAGUCAGUUAAAGUAUUGUCAGACUUAAAAUCUGUUGAAAAUAACAGAGAGUUUAUUUGCCUUGGUGUUGAUGGUAAAAUUGAUAAUGAAACUUUAGUUAUAAGAGAAAUAAAAAAAGAAGAUGGUGAGGUUGUGUUAAAGAGAUCAACAGAAAAAGAACAUCACAUGACUGUGAUUAAAGAACUUCUCUCUAACCUUUACAGUGGGGAGUAUCUUACUCACAAAGUUUUACCUCUUGUUGGAGCAACAGGAAAAAAGCAAGCUUAGUGUUAAUAUGAAGUUCUUGAAGAGUAUGAUUCUUUAAACACUUUAAAAGCAGUUUUGGUAGACAAUACUUCAACAAACACAGGUCAUAAAGCAGGAAUGGUUGUGGAGUUAGAGAAAAAACUUGGAAGAAAAAUUCAGACUAUAGGCUGCAAUCAGAAUGAGCUUCAUUUUAGAUCUUUGUUUAAAAAAAUUGAUGGAGCAACAAAUUCACCAAACCAUUUUGCUGGACCAAUAGGUAAAAUGGCAAAUAUCAAUAAUGAGCUUAAAUUAGUUGUUAAUUUUAGUGUUAUUAAGUCUUCAAUUAUUAUUUUAGAAAAAGAAAUUUUAGACUUUAAGUAGUGACCAAAGGCUUUUAUAUGAAUAUUGCAUUGGAAUUGCCACUGGAAAUAUGAGUGUUAAAUAUCCAAGUUGGAAAAUUAGUCCGCUUAAUCAUUCUCGUUGGUUAACAUUGGCAAUCCGGUUGAUGUCUUUAUAUGUCAGAGUAGUAGUUCCUGAUUCUGAACUAAUUAUUUUGGUAACUUAUGUUGUCCAAGUUUAUGUUCCUACAUGGUUCCUCCAUAAAAAGAGCAAUAAGUUACACGAAGCUCCAUCAAUUAUACAUUUUAUGAUUAACCAAAUCAAGCUCCAAGGAAAAGAGGUGCAAGAUAUUUGCUUAGCAAACUUAAGGUUCAUUUCCUUUUUCUUACUUCCUGAUAAUAUUUUGUACUCGAUGUUAAAGUCAGAAGAAGUAUAUAUAAGAUCAAAAGCAGUUCAGAGAUUUCUUGAUAUUAGAAAUCGUAAAAAAGAUGGCCAAGCUAUAAGCAGAAUCAAUAAAAUUCCAGAAGUUAACAUUGAUGCUCAUAUAUGGUAUAAGCUCAUAAAUAUUUUUGAUGAAGACAUAGAUGAACCAGCAACAACUCAUAAUUUUACUAAUGAAGAGAUUGCAGAAAAGUUGUCGUCUGGAGAAAAAAUUGACCUCCCAGAUCUUCCUUCACAUUCACAGAGUGUUGAGAGAUCUGUACAACUUGUUUCCAUGGCUUCUCAUACUGUUUUUGGAAAGGAAGCACGUCAUAAGCAUAUUUUAGCAAAAAUUUUAAGCUGAAAGCAUAUAAAGAGUUUUGUCUAAAUGUUACUAUGGUGAGACAUAUGAUGAUAUUUUUUGAUAAUUUAAAAACUAAUUUAUUGCUACUUGUGUAUGUAAAAAAAAAAUUUAACAAAAAUGUAUAAUAAUUUUCGAGUUAGUCAUUUCCUCGC